AUGGCGUCUAACAACACAGAGCUCUUCUCCUCUGAGUGUGCUCCCUUCAGCCCUGUGACCGUAGAUGUGGCCAUUGCGUGCCUUUACUUCUUCAUGUUCCCCAUUGCGUUACUGCUCAACGGGGUCAGCGCGUGGGUGUCUUUGCACCUCAGGUCCACCUCUACCUUCAUAGUGUACCUUAAAAACCUGGUGGCGGCUGACCUGCUCAUGACGCUGACGCUCCUGCCGAUGGCAGCCAGCAUGCUACCCGGAGUCACACUUGAGUUAAGAAUGUUCGCUUGCCGCUACACCACGGUCAUUUUCUACUGCUGUUUGUACACAAGCAUCACUUUAAUGGGUCUUAUCAGCCUCGACCGCUUCUUCAAAAUAGUUCGGCCAUGCGGAAUGUUGUUGGGACAAAACGUUGUGUUCAGUCUUGUGACGUCCUCCUCGGUCUGGGUGCUGUUAUUUGGCGGUACCGGCCUCCCAACUUUCUUUCUAACGGACCAGGAUCCUGUUAAUGUAACAGGAGAAUUCUGUAUGUCCUUGAAAAGUUCAGCUGGUGUGACCCUUCAGAAGUAUGUGGUGCUAUCUAUGGAGAUUCUGUUCUGGUUUGUCAGCAUAGUGGUUGCGUUUUGCUACAUCUGCAUCACCCUGAAAGUCCUGCAGUCCUUCAGAGACUCUGGGAGCAACAACAGCGAUGGAAAGAUGAAGACCAAGCUCCGAGUCUUCGUGAUCCUUCUGGUGUUUUUUGUGUGCUUUGUUCCCCUCCACCUGAUGCGUGUUCCUUACACACUCAAUGAAACACAUCACAUUGACAGCUGUGGUGAAAUGUGGGUCAUUAUAAUCCAUAAAUCAGUUCUGUGGCUCUCUACCACCAACAUCUGCCUGGACCCUCUUCUGUACAUCUACCUGUGCAGGGAGUACAGGGAGAAGCUGGUUGAUAUGAUGAAAGCUCGAGGCCUCUGUGUUGGGUAAUGGUGAAAAUCAGGAUAUUUCACAGGAGAAAUUAUUCAUCAUCAAAAUAAGUACCUGUAAGAAGGUAUCGAUAGAUAAGAUGUCCAUCAUCAGAAAUUAGGCUGUUGUUUUAUAUUAUGGCAGCAAGAAACUUUUCAACUUUAAAUUCUGUGUUGUACUGCCCUUUAGUGGCCUAAUGAGGAUUAGCAUCUAUAAAACAUCGAUAAAACCAUAGUAUACAGCAAGAUAUACCAGCAAAUUAAUUAUUCCAUUUAAACACACACAUACAAUCUCACUGAUCGGAGCUGUGUGUCUUUAAUGCACAUAUAGUGUACUAUAUACAUAUAGAUAUCUAUUUAAUUACAUUCUUUAUUUCAAAUUUUCAUAAUGCAACACUAUGUUUUAAUUCCAUAUUAUUACGGUGUUUUUGUUGAUUUGAGUGUGAAGUCAUCUUUUGUUUAUUUGUUGUGAGGGGUCAACGCAGAUGCACCCUAUGGUUUUUUAAGCGACACAUGAUAUUUCAAAUUAUUGUCCGUAAACAAUUAUUCGUGAAUGGAAAUAGGGACUAUGCUGAAAGUUUUUUUUCUGCUCCACAAAAGAACAAUAACUGUGUCCUAAAAAGUUGUGGUCUAUUAUUUUACGGGAUAAAAUAAAUGGUCACAUAAAUAUGUGUCUUCUUUGAUUCUUGUAAAUCGAAAUGUAAUCGCUUCCCUCCCAAAGAGCUGUGCUCAGUAUCCAGAUAUAAUUUUAUUUUAAUGAAUUUAUUGUAUUCUCUUUGUCAUU